AUGACUUCUUUCGUUAAACAUUUUGCUAUUUUCAGUACACUGGAUAUUAAAACAAUUAGUUGUGCCAGUCAUAUGCUGGACAACAUGGUUUUAUCGAUGAUUGAAUACGUUAAAUAUAAUGAAAACAUUUUAAUUCGAUGUCUGCUUAUUCAAGAAAAGAAUUCCACUUCGAUAGUCAAUAUUGGUUUGAUGAAAGCUAUAGUAUUUGGUAAUUCCAGUAUAACUGCGUACUCUUGCAAUGGUUGUCUGAUUUUAGUACAUUAA